AUGUGCAGAUCGAAUAUAGCAAAUGAUCCCAUUAUGUAUCUACCUAUGCAUAAUUUCGAAAGAAGCAGAAUAAUCAGAUGGAGAAUGGGAUGGCUACCCGGACGACCAACAACAUGUAAAAACUGCGCCACAACAUUAAACAAUAACACCACUAGAAAUCAUUUAACUCAAUGUCUAAAGUUACAUCAAAUAUUACAAGUACCGAUAAUCGUCACAUCACCUAUCGACUACAUCUUGAACCAACUACCAACAAAACAAAUCAGCAACAGAAUAAAGCAAAAUUACUUUAUUCAAAAAUGGAUACAACUCACAAAAAUAUUUAACAAAAUAGAAACACUUUGCCACACAACAGAAGACGAAAUGAAUCCAGACCCUGAGGAUAUCUCCCCGCUUAUCCAUUGGCUAAAACCACCAACCGCAAAUUAA